AUGAAAGUCACGAUUCGGGAGUGGAAUGGCAUCGCCGCCUGGCGCUGGGACAUGCCCGACGAUGACGUCUGUGGAAUCUGUCGCAACCCGUACGACAGCACUUGCUCCAGAUGCAAGUUCCCGGGCGAUGAGUGCCCCUUGUUGCUUGGCGAAUGCAAUCAUUCAUUUCACAUGCACUGUAUCUUCUCAUGGUUGCGGCAAGAGAGUGCGCAGGAGAAAUGUCCCAUGUGUCGCCAACCGUUCAAGAGCAAGUCUCAAGAAGCUCCCGCU